UUUGUUUUUGUGUCGGCGUCGGUUUUGGAUUCAACUUGUUUGUCGUAGUGCUGCUGUAAAAGUAAUUCCUGUGCUGAUAAAAGUUAAAAACAAAAGAGAUCGUGCAACACGUCGUCGAAGGAAACCCAACCAAUGUUAAGCAAAAUGGCUAGCAACACAGCUGGAGGAGGAGGUGGUGGUUCCGGAGCCACUGGCUCGGGACGUCGUCUACCGCUCUCGCUGAGCGGCGGCACCAGCGUGUCCCGCCUGCAGCAAUCAUCCGGCAGCAAUGGCCGCUCGAAUAGCCCCCAGAAUGGCAACCAAAAGAAGAUCACAGAGUCACUGUUGCCAGUGAAAAAGACUAGCCAACAGCGCACCUCGUCCACCUCGUCCAGCGGAUCCAGCCAGAACGGCGUCAGCAAGUCGACCAACGGCAAGGAUAAGUCUCAAAAUGGUAGCUCCACCGGCAAGGACCAGAAGGAACAUAAAACUAAAGAAAAGCCGGUGGAAAAGAAGGAAAAGGAGGUGGAUGCCGAGAAGAAGGACAAGGAGGUGGUGGUCGUAGAAAAGAAAGACCAGGAGGUAGCCGACAAGAAGGUUAAAGAGGUUGUAGCUGAAAACAAGGAAGUUGUCCCUGAAAAGGAGGACAAACAAGUUGCCCCCGAAAAGAAGGAAGUCCAAGAGGAGACCAAAAAGGAAGCUGCCGCCGAAAGCACCACACCCGCUUCUCAACCAGCUGCCGUACCCAUCGAGGACGUGGUUGAGGUCAUUCCCGAUCUUAGCACUCCCACAAAGGAUCGCAAAUCCGCUCGCAAGUCGGGCAGCCAACAAAAGUCUCCCAUCAGCAAGCCGAUCUCCGCUUCGCCGGCCCAAAAGAAGCCAACCGAAGCAUCUGUUGGCUCUUUGACUCCACAGGAGGAUGUGGACAUGGAACCGCUCCAAGUGGACGCCUCACCCAUACGCAGUGUCCAUGGCAACUUGAAUGCCGUGCCGACGGCCACAUCUACGCCGGGACGCAAUCUCUUCGGCUUCCGCAGCAGCAGCAAGCAGAGCACCGAGGUGGAGCUGGCUGCCCAGCCCUCCGGUUCGCCGGCAGGAACUCCGGCCCGCACCUUUGCCCAGAUCAGCGGCAGGCGCAGUAUACGACCCAUCGACUCGCUGACGCCCUCGAAAGUGGGCACCUACAGGUGCGGCAACAGCGAUUUGGACACCUCGAGCUGCACCAAUGCCAGCAUGAAUGCCACUGUGGGUUCGGAGAUUCCCAACAGCUCGUCAUUUUCGUUCUCGUUCUUUGGCCGCGGUCGCAAACGCGAACGCACUCCCCCGCCACUUUCGGCCUCGCAGUCGACCAAUGAUCUCGGCCAGGACGUGGAAAUGUCGCCGCCUAAGCGCGCCCGCUUCGACCUGUUCAGCCUGAACCUGGCCUCGCCCUUUAGUUUGCUGCGCUCGCGCUUCUCCAAGGCCACCAUCAGUUCGCCAUCUCGUCUGCGCGAGGAGCUCAACAACUCCGGCGUGGAGGAGCAGCAGGCACACACAUCUUCGAGCAGCGUGCCAGAGGAAAUCGAGGUGGAGGAGGAGCAGCCCACCGAGGAUGUGACCGUGGGCCAGGAGGCCGGUCUGGAGACGCCGAAGAAGGGCGGCUCGCCCAUCAAGGAAAUUCCCGCCGAGAAGGAUGCCGCCGAGGGCCAGGAUGUCGAUGAGAAGUCCAGCGAUGGGGAGAACAUUCCCCCCGUUGUGGAGAUCGCCGGUGAGGCCGCCGCCGCAGCCGACACCCGAUCCCGCUGCUCAAUUAUGUAAUACGACAAAAACAGACCCCCCUUCCCUUAGUUUGUAAGUUUAUGUCUUAGCAUAUCCGUUUCUGCUCUUUUUUGUAAUUUGUGUUCAGACGUAAAGUUACAUGUUAAGAGAGUUGGAGAAGAGCUGCCGCCACAAACUUUGAUAGCCAGGCCUGGAUGGGUAUUUUUUCAUCAAGAAAACCUUGACCAGGUCUCUGGAUUUAUGGCAGAGAUUCCUUGCUGGUUGGCUUCUCUUUGGGGAAUUCCAAGUCGCAGUCAACCACCGACGAAUCGUAUAUAUCGGUACCCAGGCAAAGUGGGUACCACAACCGAACAAACCCAAUAUUCGUAGCAAUCUGUGUAAGGAGUUUUAUAUGCAAACACAUGUUUGUGAAAGUCUGUCAUAUCUUUCCGCCAAUAAAA